AUGGAUUCAGCAAAGGGCUGGUUUCAGAAGCGGCAGAUGCGUGGAGGAUCGAAAUAUAAAGGUGGUUCAGGUGGUGAUGGUAGUAAUGUCUCUACCGAUGAACAACCUAAGGUGGAAACUGAUGAAGAAGCUGUCUCAAACACUACCAAACAGAAAGUUGCAGCAGCUAAACAAUACAUUGAGAAUCAUUACAAAGAACAGAUGAAGAUUCUGCAAGAGAGGAAAGAAAGGAGAAGCAUGCUAGAGCAGAAGCUGGAAGAUGCUGAUGUGUCUGAAGAAGAUCAAAACAAUCUUCUCAAGUUUCUGGAGAAGAAGGAGACAGAGUACAUGCGUCUUCAACGCCAUAAGCUAGGCGUUGCUGAUUUUGAUUUGCUUACCAUGAUUGGCAAAGGUGCUUUUGGGGAGGUUAGAGUUUGUAGAGAAAAGACGACUGGUCAAGUUUAUGCAAUGAAAAAGCUCAAGAAGGACGAGAUGCUUCGCAGAGGCCAGGUUGAGCAUGUGAGAGCAGAGAGGAACUUACUUGCGGAAGUGGACAGUAACUACAUUGUUAAGCUUUACUGUUCGUUUCAAGAUGAUGAUCACCUUUACCUUGUGAUGGAGUAUCUACCUGGUGGUGAUAUGAUGACUCUACUAAUGCGCAAAGAUACUCUGACUGAAGAAGAGGCCAAGUUCUAUGUCGCUGAGACACUUCUUGCUAUCGAGUCCAUCCACAGGCACAAUUACAUCCACAGGGAUAUCAAGCCGGACAACUUACUGCUUGACAGAUAUGGCCAUCUGAGACUGUCGGAUUUCGGGCUGUGUAAACCUUUGGACUGCAGUGCCAUUGGAGAAAACGAGUUUUCAAAUGGAUCCACUACGGAGCAAGAGGCCGGCGGGUCAGCUGCUCCAAAAAGAACACAGCAGGAACAGCUUGAACAUUGGCAGAAGAACAGGAGAAAGCUAGCUUAUUCGACUGUUGGAACACCAGAUUACAUAGCUCCAGAAGUUCUGUUGAAGAAAGGCUAUGGAAUGGAGUGUGACUGGUGGUCUCUUGGAGCUAUCAUGUACGAAAUGCUAGUAGGAUAUCCUCCUUUUUAUGCAGAUGAUCCUAUGUCAACCUGUAGAAAGAUAGUAAACUGGAAAAGUCAUCUGAAGUUUCCAGAGGAAGCAAUAUUGUCGCGGGAAGCAAGAGAUCUUAUCAACAACCUUUUGUGCAGUGUCAGACGUAGGCUUGGUUCCAAAGGUGCUCAUGAAAUAAAGGCUCAUCCAUGGUUUGAAACUGUUGACUGGGAUACAAUAUUCGAUAUGGAUGCUGCGUUUGUUCCAGAGGUCAAUGACGAUUUAGACACUCAGAAUUUUGAGAAGUUUGACGAGUCAGAAUCACAAACUCAAACAUCUUCCAAGUCUGGCCCAUGGAGGAAGGCAAAGCUACUCCCUGAAAAGAUUCAACAUUGCCUUCUUAUUACAUUCAUUUAUGUGUACUCAAUUCCGCUUUUAUUUCUGCAGAUGCUGUCGUCAAAGGAUAUAAACUUUGUAGGGUACACUUACAAGAACUUCGAGAUCGUUAAUGAUUACCAAGUUCCUGGAAUGGCGGAGUUAAAGAAGAAGAAUAAGUCGAAGAGACCACCAAUGGUCAAAUCACUCUUCGAUGGUGGAUCAGCAGAGACAUCGGAUUCGUCAGAAACAAAGACGAGAUCGGAUUGUGAUCGACCUCCUCCUACUCCACCAGUGGUUCAGGGAAGCUUUCUGAAACUUCUACCACCAGAACUUGAAGUGAGGCCAAAGCAUGAAGCUUGCUAA